CAUGGUCUCAGUCUUUCGUCACGUUUCUCAUUUUCUUUACUCAUCAAGACUUACACUACGGAACCGAGAGAAUGGCGACUGUCUCUCCAACACCCGCAUUGCAGCCUCCUCCAGGGGUGGCGUCUAACUUUGUGAACCCCGAGUCCCUAGCCGGCAAGAACAACAUCGCUAUGGGAGUCUCUAUUCCUCUGAUAACGAUAUCCUUCUUUCUUCGGGUAUACGUAAGAAUAUGGAUUAGACGAACUUGGGUUUUUGAAGAUUGGCUGGCUCUAACUGCUUGGGCUAGCACAGUAUCCCUCGCUGGGGUAGGCACCGCUACUAUGGCUCACAACGGUGGAAAACAUGGAUAUGAUAUUACCCAUGAACAGUUCCAGGAAGCAUUAUAUUGGUUUAAUGCAACCACUAUCAACUACGGCAUCGCCAUAUGCACUACGAAACUAGCGGUUCUUUGGUACUAUCGACGCGUCUUCUCCCCAUUCCGGCGGAAGCCAUUCGACAUUAGUAUCGUCUGCCUCAUCACCGUGCUCAUCCUAUUCUACGGAUCAACAACCAUAGUGAAGAUAUGGGAGUGUAUCCCCAGGGAAAGGAUUUGGGACAAGAGCAUACCGGGGAGAUGUAUCAGCACCGAUAUUCUGUUAGACACAAGCGGACUGUUUAAUACAUUGACAGACUUUAUUAUGCUUUUGCUUCCGGUGAAAGCAGUCUGGAAGUUGAAGCUGAAGGUCAAGCAAAAGGUGCUCGUCGUUGGUGUUUUUACGUUUGGUUUAUGCGCUCCAGUCUUUAGCUUGGUGGGCUUCAUAGUGCGUCUUCAGGGGAACAACAAUCCCGACAAAUCUUGGAUACAGCCAAAGAUUAUAAUGUGGGGUCUUGCCGAGACAACGACCGGCAUGCUCUGCGUGAGCUUUCCGGAGCUAGGACCUCUUAUAAGGAGAAGACAGAGCCCUACACACACCGAGAGCAUCGUGAAUAGUAACUAUCGCUCGGGCGAUAAGCCAUAUCCGCGACAAGGCAGUCGGUUUUCGACGGCCAUCUCGCAGGGCGUGAUGAAGCUGGAAAGCGACCCUUACAUAGAAUUAGAUGAGAGAGACGUAUAUCCGACUCAAUACGCAGCACAGGCCGACCGUAACAUCCACGAUCGAGAACCACGUCCAGGGGAGAUAACUGUUACCCAGGAGGUCACCGUGGACUCGCAUAGGAGAGAAGAGGGUGUGCAUAUUGACCGAUGA